GCAACCGGUGAAAUUAAGCAAACGCCACGGAAAUCAUACAACAUAAAAUACUUCCAACGUUCAAAAACGUAACACCCAUCUAGGAAGUAUGACUAUCACUAACAAUCCUCUUGAUAACGACGAUCGUCUCAAAGGACUCUUGUCUGAAGUCCACAAAGUGCAAUCGGAAAAGACAUACAAUGCUUGGUCUAAAACAUUUCUGGAGUUCUACACCACCGAUCUUGACCCCGACGGUAUCUUGAAUGCACGCGAUAAUUAUUGUAGAGUCUUGAAGCAAUUUAAGAAGCUUUCUGAGAAACUAGCUCUCGUCGAGACUCUUUUAAACGAGAAUGGUCACAUUCGUAGUUCCAAUUCAAACGAUGGGGCCACCACAAUAACAAUAAGAGGCCGGCGAAUGCUGACGAAUCUGUCCGAAGAAGUUGCAACGACCGAACAAAAGGUGAAAGACUUUAUGCCCAAGACAAACGCUGACGAGGAACGUUUCGGAUAUGACAAGUUUGAGCUGGCGGCUGUCCUGCUUCAGGAUGACUUCUACGCAUAUGAUCGAAUGAAGGAAACAACACAUUCCUUGGAUCGAAUUCGAAACAAUCUUGGUGUUGACGAAGACAUCAAUAGCGAGAACAGUCCAUCCAAUACUGAUAGAAUUGUCGACGAGAACUUCCAAAAGCCUCUCCAAAACUAUAUUGAAGCCGUGGAAUCAUUUAUCGAAGUGAUGGAGGACCUAGGUUUGUUCACUUUGAUGAAACGAUGUUUGGAUGUUGUGGAUCGUGGCGAGGAACGUGAUGAGCCAAAAACUUUGUCAGCACCUGAAUGUAGCACAAGUAAAGGAGAUGGCUACAUGGUUGACAACAAUGAUAACGAAAUCGAUGGAAAGUUUGAAAUAAAAGGAUUCGACGCCCAGCAUCACUUUCCCGAUGCUUCAAACCAAAACCGAGACGAUUCGGGAGGUGCUAAAGAAACGAAAAAGAAAAAGAAAAAAGAUGAAUGUUCUUCCUCAUUGUCGAAGAAGAAAAGAGAGAAACAAAAUAGAAAAGGAAAAAAGAAAACAAAAAAAGGCAGCGCCACUGAUCCCACAAGUCGAAAAAACGAUCUCAUAUCAUCAUUGCAUUCAACCACAUCGUCAUCUGACCAAUCUCCUGCUUCGAAUGCAAUGCAAUCAAGCUUUUCUGAAGAAAAGAAAAGCAUCGAAGACAAGGAAGAAAAGAACGAGGACGACCCACCCGCGGAAGGCGAAGGCGUUGAAGAAGAAGCAGAAUUCAUCAUUUACUUUGAUCCAAAAACCAAUACAAUUGGAAGGAUAAACCGCCAAGAAUGCUGCACCAAGAGUCAAUUGAUAAUUGACGCAACCAAGGAUGGCGACGAGGCCUAUCAAGAUAUCAUUGAAGACAAGAAAGAAAAGCAGCAAAUCAUUUUACUCCUAAAGAAACUCGAGAAACAAAGGCCGGUCGAGAAAUCCUGGCUCGAAGCCAUCAAAGAUGAAAAGGCAGCAAAGAAAAACGAAAAAAGCGGAGACAAUAGAAGAAAGAAGAAGAAGAAGAAACCCUCAAAGUCUACUGAACUUAUUUCAAAACGGGGGAAGAUGAAGUCGAAGCGUUCUUCCAAAACCACCUCAGACGUGGAAGGUGGCUCUCACAACUCCUUUAGAGAUGGGUCGUCGACUUUGAAGAAGAAAAAGAAGGCUAUGGUAGCAGAUUACCAAGGUAUUUAUAGAAAAUCAGCAGCAAAACCAAAUCCUACAGGUUGGGCCAAGAUGAUGAUCCAAUAGAUUGCAAACCAAAGACGAAUGCAUUACAAACCCAAACCCCAAAGGUCCAAACCGCAAGUUAAUUUUUCUUUUAUCUCGAUUAUUACAUGAAAAUUCUGAAACCAAUGACAUCAAUUUCUCCGAGCUAUUCAUGCCUUUUAUGGAUUGUCGGCUGAGACCGACGAGAUAAGACCGUGUGGCGUGUCACAUCUAGUAUAAGAUGAUUGCCAACCACUGUGAUACGAUUGUCGUACCGGAAACAUAAGUAUUAGAAGUACAUUUUAAUAAUUUUCGAAUCUCGUUCACUAACUCCGAACAUAAAAUGUUCAUGAAUUU